UGAGAUUAGUGUCCCGCCGAGAUAAGGCACAACUUGAGUUGUGGACGAAGUAUUUAAGCUGUGCAAAAUUUUGGAGUAUUCGCUAAACAUGAAUUUCGUGUGGAUCACUGUCGAAAAUCUUUUCCUUCGUCUUUUGAACCUUUAUUAAUUACGAUCUACGUGCCAUACGGAUGACGGCGUGCAUAGUUAUCUGUGAUUUAUCGUGAGGCCUGUGAAGUUGAGCAUUUGUCCGGAUUCCAAGAACUCAAUUUGGGUACUGUAUUUAUUUCCUACUGCAGUACCUGAAUUUUCCUUUGCAUUAAUUUUUUUUCAAGAUAAGUGUAUAACAAGUAGCGGGUUUUGCGUUCCUUUCUGUAUGCCUUGUUUUCCCAAACGAUUUGUGAGUGCUUUCCGGCGUGGCUUGACGAUGGCACCUGCAUCUUCUGAUACCCUCGAAGUCAAGAUUCCUCUGACCAAAUUACCGGAUGGAGAAUUGAAAGAAGUGCCAAUGGGCGAUCAGAACAUUUUGAUGAUUCGUGAGGGCAGCACAGUCAGGGCUUUUGGUUCAAAGUGCACUCAUUACGGCGCACCAUUGAUUAAGGGAAUACAUGCCAAUGGUCGAGUCAGGUGUCCUUGGCACGGAGCAUGCUUCAAUCUUACGACAGGUGAUAUUGAGGAUUUUCCGGGCUUGGAUUCCUUACCCUGUUACGAUGUUACGGUAGACGGCGAUACAGUAACUGUCACUGCCCAAAAAGGGCAGCUGGAGAACACCAAGAGGAUUCGCACUGCUGCAAAAUAUGAACCUAAUUCACCAAAGAGUGAUGAUGUAGUAAUUCUGGGUGGAGGAGCCGCUGGGGCAACGUGUGCAGAAAAUUUGCGUUACCAAGGGCACAAAGGUCUGAUUAUAAUCGUGUCGCAAGAUGCGAAUCCUCCGUACGAUCGUCCUAAAUUGUCGAAAGCUUUGGAUUCUACUUUUGAUGCAAUCAAACUGCGGUCUCCUGAUUUCUAUGAGGACCAUGGGAUUAAGGUGAUGACGAAACAACGUGUCUUGGAGCUGUUGCCGGAUAAUAACACCGUCACUCUACAGAAUAUAGAGGAGGGAUCAACUUGGUCUUUGGAUUAUGGGAAACUUGUUAUAGCAACUGGAGCGAGGCCAAGGAAAUUGGAUAUUCCAGGAAGCGAGUUGAAGAACAUCUUUUACUUGAGAUCGAUUGAAGAUGCUCAAGGCAUUGCAGCUGCUGGAGCUGGAAAGAAUGUAGUAGUGAUCGGCUCAUCAUUUAUUGGAAUGGAAGUGGCUGCAUACUUUUGCUCAAAUAAAAAAGCGAAAUCCGUCACUAUUAUUGGAGCGACCAAUUAUCCCUACGAACGAGUUCUUGGUCAAAAAAUCGGCGAAAGAAUUCAAAAAUUGUUCCACGAAAGCAGUGACUUGGUUCGUUUCGUCAAUGGUAGCCAUGGGGGCGUGAAGGAAUUUGUCCCAUCCAGUGGACCCGGCUCUGAUCAACAGUCUUUGGAUGAAGCUGAACUUGGCAGAGUUGUUCUCGCUGAUGGAGAGACGAUUGUAGCCGACGUUUGUGUUGUUGGGAUAGGUGUUGAGCCAUCGACUAGUUUUGUGUCUGGCAGCGGCAUAAAAUUGGACGAUAGAGGAUUCGUCAUAGUUGAUGAGUUCGGUGUAACGCAUGAGAAAAACGACAUCAAUCACAUUCGAAUGAUGCGCACGAAUGUUAAAGGAAUUUACGCUGCUGGCGAUGUGACUCGUUUUCCAUUGAAGUUUGGAGGCAGCAAUGGUUUCAAAGACAACGUUUCUAUUGGACACUGGGGACUUGCUAUGAAACUGGGAGAAGCUGCUGCUGCGAGCAUUUGCAAUCCUGAAGCUGGCCCGCGGGCCACCGUCCCAUUUUUUUGGAGCGUUAUUUUCGGCAAAAGCUUGAGAUACUCAGGCUACUGUCCGGAUUACGAUGAUGUCAUAAUUGGAGGAUCUCUGCAAGAUCUCUCGUUUGUCGCCUAUUUCUGCAAAGGAUCUCGCGUGAAUGCGGUUGCUACUUUGAAUAAGGACCCGGUUGCUGCGAAGUUUGCUGAAUGGCUUUAUGCCGGGCAUUACUUGGAGAAGUCUCGAGUGCAAAGGGAUCCAAUGGAAUGGUUGCAGGAGCCAAUUGAUUCUAAAUUGCCUUGAACCAUUGCAAUUAACCACGAAAAUGCCGUCCGUUGCUCAUCGACUGUGAAAAUGUCUGUAUAUGCAUUGUGGAACCUGAAGCUUUCUGCAAUUGUCUGUGCUUCAUACGCAUUUAGACUGCUUUAAUGGAAUGCACAAAAUUUUCCGAGAUCAACAAUUGAUGUGAUGGGGAAGUGUGCUGAUCAAAACAUGCCGCGUGAAGAACAAUACCAAAUUUCUUGUAAUAGCUUUCAGGGAUUUAUCUUCGGAAAUUUUCAGUGGAUUGAGUAUUACUGUUGUUGCCAACUGGAAAUCUUGGUCACAAAUCGAUUGAAUUUUAUUUCGCACGUCGUGUCAUAGUUGUUGUUAGAGUUCUGUGUGCAGCCAAACAGAAGAUACAAUGAUUAUGUAAAA